AUUUGAGGUAUCGAAUAUUAUUUCUUCAUUCAACCUGUUUUUAACCCACGGCACCAUGCCCAGCUUCAAAUGUCUAGUGACCAGUCUAGUUCAGUAAUAGUGGAUGCACCUCCAACAAGACUAAAAGUGGCGCAAUUAUAUAUUAGUUAUAUAUGUAGACCUGAAUGACGAUCUCAAGUCUCAAUCAAAAUUGAACUUUGUACCCGCGAAACAUUAUUGUCAUUGCAAUCUGUUAUUACAAGUGCACCGAAAGGUCUAACUUAUCGCGCUUUAAUCGGCCUCUUGAUCUGUCGCUCUUAAUUCAAAUACAGCUGUAAAGUAAAAUGCCCCUCACUGAAAUAGAUGUAGAACAUCUUUAUGAGAAGGAUAUUGACUUGAAGAAAGAAGAUGUGUGCAAUUUAUUAAAAUGGAAAGAAAAGCAACUUCAUCUACCCGUAGUUACCGAGUUACAAUUGGCUCUAUUUCUUCACAGUUGCCAUUACAGUACUGAAAAAGCAAAACGAACUAUAGAUAUGUAUUUCACCAUAAAAACAAUGAGCCCCCAAAUUUUUGGAAAUAGAUUACCAAGCAAUCCAAUGGUACAAGCAGCUAUAAACUGUGUAUUGUUCAUUCCUCUUCCAGAUCUAACUCCCGAAGGUGAUUUAAUACUUUUUGUGAAAAUGAUGGACACCGAUCCGGAAAACUACCAUUAUGGAACUCAAAUCAAUUGUUUCGAUAUGAUAACUCUUCUUCAUUUGCAUCAACAUGGACCGGCCAAAGGCGUUAUCAUCGUUUUUGAUAUGAAAGGAUUCGCCUUCGGACAUUUUCUGAAAGUCAAUGUGGCUUAUAUGAAAACCUUCUUGUAUUAUCUUCAGGAGGGAAUGCCGAUAAGAUUCAAAAGCAUACAAUUUUUCAACAUUGUGCCAUUCAUGGAUAAAGUAUUAGCUUUGAUGAAACCAUUCAUGGAAAGAGAAGUUGCAGAGUCGUUGGUGAUGCAUACGAAAAUUGAAUCUCUGUAUAAAUACGUUCCUCAGAAAAUUUUACCAGAAGAAUAUGGUGGAUCUUCUGACACCUUGGAAAUUUUACAUGAAAAGUACAGAGCUCAAAUGAAUGAGAACGAAGAUUUCUUCAAGUUUCAGGAAUCUCAAAUAGUUGAUGAAUCUAAGAGACUAGAUAAAGAAAAUUAUGUUGGUGAUAUAUUCGGAGUCAAUGGAACCUUCAAGAAGUUGCAGGUCGACUGACUGAUGAGGAUUUAUAACUACUCACUUGUGAAUUGAAAAUUGUCUGAAUACAUUAAUUAUAACAUUGCAUUCAUUUUUAAUUGAAUCACAUACAGGGCGUUGCAAUCAUAAGUAUAAUUGGAACGUAUUAUAAUUACUUUUGAGUCAUCAGCUUAUUUUUAUUUAUUUGUUUUCUUCAUACUAUUCUUAUGUUCUUUCGUCCCUACUGAGGGAGGUCUCUUUGUUCACCUGUAUAAUACUUUCCACGAACACUAGGUAUUCUGAAUGUACUACAGGUAUAUCGUAUAUCGAAAUAUAAUUGUAUUUAGUAGGUAUACGAAAUUUGUUUGUGCUUAGGCUGACCAUAGAUGAAAUGAACCCUUGAUCUUUUGUGGUUAUAUGUGUACCCAGUAGUGCCUGUUUGAAAAAUUUAUGAUUUUUCUAAAUGUCUAAUCUCUGUUCAGAUUCUCCUUUUAUAAUUUCUACUAAUACAAUACUGCU